AAGCAACCGCUGCGACCUUCCAGGUCACUGUAACCAUAUGCAUAUAUGAACCAUAUCUAAAACAAUGUCCAGCUGUUAAAGACAAUCGUAAUUUUGGGGCACGUAAGCUCUCAAUGUAAGGAGCUAUGAUACUAAUGUGCAUUUUCCUUAUUUCAGUUUCUUAGAUGACUUAGACCGGCUAGGAGCAAAAGACUAUCAACCCACAGAACAAGAUAUAUUAAGAACACGUGUAAAAACAACAGGCAUCGUAGAAGUACACUUUUCAUUUAAAAAUCUCAAUUUCAAAUUAUUCGACGUGGGUGGUCAGCGAUCGGAAAGGAAAAAAUGGAUACACUGUUUUGAAGACGUAACUGCGAUUAUUUUUUGUGUAGCUAUGAGCGAGUACGAUCAAGUUUUGCAUGAAGAUGAAACGACGAAUCGGAUGCAGGAAAGUUUAAAGCUGUUCGACUCAAUCUGUAAUAAUAAAUGGUUCACAGAUACCUCUAUAAUUCUCUUCCUUAACAAGAAAGAUUUAUUCGAAGAAAAAAUUAGGAAAUCACCAUUAACGAUAUGUUUUCCUGAAUAUGCAGGCGCACAAGAAUAUGGCGAGGCAGCCGCCUACAUUCAAGCGCAAUUCGAGGCGAAAAACAAGUCGACAACCAAAGAAAUCUACUGCCACAUGACCUGCGCCACGGACACGCACAACAUCCAGUUCGUGUUCGACGCCGUUACUGACGUCAUCAUAGCUAAUAAUCUGCGCAACUGCGGCCUCUACUAAACCCGCGCAUGCGCUUCAGCAACCCCUACUCGGCUUCCUAAUGCGGCGGCAGACGUAGGGGCCCCCCAAGGGCUGCUGCACCUUUCGCCGAGCAUGCACGUACAAUUGCGUUUCCUAAUUUCCGACGAGCUGGAAAGUAUGGGUUUUUAUGUUAGGAUGAUGGUCGGGAAGUACGAAACCACGCCAUAAAGACGGGUCACGAUUAGCGGUCAUAUAGAAUGAUCUUUAAUGCUGCAUAGGGAAAUUCCUGAUUCUUUGCUUUCCUUAAAACGGCCAUUAUUGUUAGCUCGAAAAGGAGGAAAAUUCGUACCCACAUUUAUGGGGCAAUGAUUUUUCGCAAGUACCUAUGAAAUCAUACAAACUCCGUAGUAAUCGAUUUUAAUGAAAAUAUUAGUGAAUAUUUGGAUAUCACAUAUUUGAAAUAAAUUGCUUCCAUUGAAUGCCAACUUCAUGGAGAAUAUUGAUCGAAAUUCACCGUCUUUGCAUUUCUCUCACAGAUUUAUAAAUGACAAAUUGUUAGAUAAAGGGCACUAAAAUACGUUAAAUUACUUGGUGAAUACUCACCGUCAACUGUCAAAGGGACUUUUGCUCUUAGUGAAUGUCUCACCAGUAAAAGAAAAAUGAGAACGAAACAGCGGAGAGAACAAUGCUAUGGUAGUUAUUAAUUUGGGUUCUUAGUUACCUUUGGUACUCCGAAGAAUUUUGGUAUUGGUUUUUGAAGAACUAACCUCAUUUAUUGUUUGAGUAGUUUUGGAUUUAGCACACUGCAGUUUACUGGCUCUGCAAUAGAGUGUUAUUGUGCAGUUAGAAGUUUUUUGUGACGGGGAUCGUUGGAGGAAUGGUUUCCUUACGAAAUCAGAAAAUCUUGAAUUUUACCAAAAAAAUUACACAAUUUGCUGAACCCACUAUGAAUAUAACGCUUUUAAGUUGGCGAAUGUCUUGGUUGUUCGUCAAAUAAUAUAGGCUGAAAUGACAAGCUUCAAGCUUCCAAUCUACUCAGCAGAUAGCGGAAUAAUAUGUAAAACACUUGUGAAUAUUAAAAACCAUAUACAUAUUUAUAUGGCAUAAACCGUGAAGUGGUAUUUUACAGAAUAUCAUAAAUCCCAGCCCAAAUGAAACUAAAUAAAGAUUAAAUAUUCGCUUUCUAGGUCAUUCUUAAUGAUCCGCUAGUCAUGAUUGGCCUUGUAUAUUGAAAAACUGUACCAAAGUUGAGUGAGACGUUGAAAAUGUGUUCUUUUUUGUUAUAUAUAUGUAUGCGUUAUGAUAGAAUAUGUAAACAAGUAAUGAUUUUUAUGAGUUUGGGGUGUUUCAUAUCGAUCUCUUAUAAGAACUAUGUUUAAAAGGUUUGAUAAUCGCUGAAGAAAGCAAAAUAUGUCUGAAGCCGAACUUUGAAUCUUUCAAUUACACAGGGUGUCCCAGAAAUAACACAGCAGAGUGACACGGGAGGUAGAUUGGCUUUAGAUCAAUCAGAUAAAAUCAACAUGACCUUAGUAAAAGUUUUCUAGUCUUAGAGAUAUUGCCACUUUUAGGUUUUUUCAAAAAAUUGCUACUUGUUGCUCCUAUUUUGCCUGUUAUGGCUUUUAAAAACUUUUAACUUAUGAGUUUUUUCCUGGGAUACUAUUAAUAGUUGGUUGAGACAACCGAGUAUUCAUUUUAUUGAAAACUAGCACGGUAUGCUAAAAAAAAUUAAUACAUUUUGUUUCAAUGUGAAAACAUUUACUAAAGUUUAACUAAUUACUGUGAAAAAAAUGUACCAGACUGAAUGAUCUUAAAAACUAGCCUAUUUAAGGCCCUUUUAAAAAUAGUACAACAUUUGUAGGUUCUUUCUAAUAAAAAUUGAAUGAAUCGAAGUUUUGUCAUUGAAGUGGUAAUACUUGCGAAAUACUACAAAUAAAAAAUAAGAGCAGCAGUCUUUUGUAACCAAUUAACUAAGGAAUGAAACGACCUAAACAGCGAAAGAGCUAAAUAACACGUGUGUAGUACUAAUACAAGGAGCAGUACUAAAUUAACCACGCACGUGCGGUGCGCUGGUACCACUCUGUUCUUCGAGGUAACAUAAUGCUACCGACCAAUCAAUGAAUGCGAGAGAGGGAUAGCCAAUAGGUCGUUUCAUUACUCAGUGAUUUGGAUACAAAAGACGGCUGCACUUAUUUUUUAUUUGUAGUAUUUCGCAAGUAUUACGACUUCAGUGACAAAACUUUGAAUUAUUCAAUUUUUAGAAGAAAGAACCUACAAAUGCUAUACUAUUUUUGAAGGAGCAUUAAAUAGGCUAGUUUUUAAGAUCAUUAAUUUGCCGAGUCAGUCUAAUACAUUUUUUUUUCACUGUAAUUAGUCAAACUUUAGUAAAUAAAGGUUUUCACAUCUAAACAAAAUGUAUUUAUCUUUUUUUAGCAUACCGUUUCAACGAAAUGAAUGCUCGGUUAUCUCAACCAACUAUUAAUGGUCGCCCAGGAAAAAACUCAUACUUUAGAAGUUUUUAAUAGCAAUAACAGGCAAAAAAGGAGCCAAAAGUAGUGAUUUUUUGAAAAAACCUAAAAGUGGCAAUAUCUCGAAAACUAGAAAACUUUUAAUAAGGUCAUGUUGAUUUUAUCUGAUUGAUCUAAAGCCAGUCUACCAAUCGUGUCACUCUGGCGUGCUAUUUCUGGGUCAUUACAUUUACGAGAUUUAGCACACUUGUCUUGUAAAGUUGAAGAUUUCCGGGGUAGUAAUGAUUUUUUGCCUUAGUAUAUGAUAUCAAAACCUCAAGAAAGGCAUUUGCAGUAUUUGACAAAUUAAUUCAGAAUUUACUGGAACUGAGACCUAGUAUGUACACAUACAUCCAUCAUUCCCGCCUUUCUUGAUAUGUUGUUUAGAAAGAAACUGAAGUCAUUGUUUUCUCAUAAGUUGCUUCGAUGGACUUCGAAAUUGGACAAAUACUUUUGUUUCUGUUUAGUAUUGUAAUUUAGUACCCUAAAUUCAAGUGGAAUACUUCUGUUUAAUAUAAUGGUCAUAAUACUCGGGAGCAAGCAUAGUUUCUCAUAUUCCACAAAUACUUACAUAAUCGAUUAUGAUGUGAGAUACCCUUUACAUCUUUAUCAUGCUUGUGACAAAGCAUCUGAUAUCUUUCGUCUUUUCAAUCUUUCAGAUUUCAUCUUGCACAAUGUUUUUUUGGUGAAUACGCACAUUUCUUAAGCCAAUACUUUUGAUCAAAAUUUGUACAAAUAUAAAAGGGCACAAUAUUAAGUUUCACAUGUCUGUUUCUUGCACAAAUACCAAAAAAAUAAACAUGAGUAACGUGAUUUAGUUUUCUGUAAAUUAUUGUGUAUAAAACUGUGCCAUUACAGAGAUUGCAUUUAUUGACAUAUUAUUGUAUUAGCUUUUUUAAGUUGUUUUCUUUUUCUUUAAAAAUAUUUUUGUAAGUUUAAGUAAUGUUAUUUAUGUUUAUAGUUUUAACAAGAUGAAACUAACUAAUAUAUAUUAGAUUUAGUUGCAGACUAUUUUCUAUGUAUGUAUUAAGGUGCCUCAAAGGUAUUAAAUGAGGUUAACCGCGUUCAAUUUGAGGUUGCAUUCGUCUCUGUACGUGCAUCAAACUGUCGACGCACAUUUCUAGGACUAUCAAUAAUUUUGAAAUAGUCUGCCAUAGUUAUAAAAAACUUCACAAAUACUUAGAGUAUGACCGGGCACAAACUAACGUUUUGAAAAAUGCCACAGCAUGAAUAUGUUUUUACAAAAAAACCAUGGGCUAUUAAUCAUACAACUUAAUCUUUGUUCUGCUGUCUUCAAGUUAUGACAAAAACUACAAAAUGUAUUUGUGAGCUUCAUGCCAACACUAUGGUAUAACCAUUUUGAAACUAAUGAUGACCCUAAAAAAUAAAUUACCUGGCAGAACUUACAGUUCAUUUAAAAAUCAUGUGUGAGAAUGUGCGUUAAGCCCCCCAUACACGUGCGAACAAUUUGCGCUAACUCGGUGUUUGUACAAACGCCUGUUUGUACAAACGCUGGCACAUACACGUAGCAAACUGUUGCUAAAACAGGGAGGAAACUGCCUGACACAAAAUUUGCACAAACCGUACCAUACACGGUCAAAAAACUACUCGAACAACGGGUGUUUGCACAAAUUAUUUCGAUCCUGACCGAUUUACUCAAACAGUUUGCACGACCACUCAAACAGCCCCAUAGACGGUCGAACCUUUUGCACAAACACCGAGUUUGUGCAAGUUGUUCGCACGUGUAUGAAGGGCUUUAGAUCAGCCCUGAAGUUCAUCCAUUUGAACUCUUGCUGACAAGGUAGACAUACUAUUUGUGCUAACAAUGAGUAAGUUGGUGUACAGUUUAAGAGCUAGAAGGUCUUGCAUCCAGCUGGUACACGUCAGGUGAAUAUUUCUGAAUAAAUGAGCAUACUGAAGCUGAAAAAGACGUAAAGAGACAUAACUGCAGGAGGAGGUUGACAGUGAUCCUCACAUCCAGAUGGAAAUUCUCGUAGGUCACAUAGAUGUAAAGGCUGGUAUAUUUGGCAAAAUCUUCUUUAAAAUGUUCCAUUCAUGUUUGUGCAAGUUCAUAAAUUAAUCAGUAAUUAUCAUUUGAGCAGACAUGGUGUUCACUCUGGAGGUUGAUAAAGAUCGAUGAUCAAGUGUCGUAUUAUCUUUUUUCAGUAUUUUGUUCAGAUCUCAGGCAUUGCAUGAAAAUGGAUUAAUUGUUCAAAUGAACUGUUUGUUUUGUCUGACAAUCUGUGGUAUGUUGCGUAUAGAACCAAAAUACUACUUUCAGCUCAAGUAGUUUUUCGAUAAUAUCAUUUGAUCAUGUUUAUAAAUAUUCUAAUUAUAUUACCUACUUGUGUGUAAUUUUAUAUUUUUUGAUAUUGUAUAACGUACCUAGUAUGCUAUACGGUACAAAAAAUAUAUGCCACCAAAUCAGGAAACUAUAAGGACCUUUACAAUAGAUUAAAAUUAUGAUUAAAAAUAUACAUUAAAUGUGUACAUAAAAUUAUAUGGCGCUUUACAGUAAAAGUAGCUUCAGUAACAUUUAGUAGAUAAUUCAAAUGGUUUUAUUUAAGUCAUUGAAAGCAGAUGGUUAUGUCGGGUUUCAAUGCUAAAGUUGAGGGCAACCUUACCAUUGGUAUUGCUCAGCGGAAUGCUGUAUUCUUGAAAUUGGUUUGUAUUUGCUUUGUUGAUUAUAUCAGUGACAAAAAUAUACAAGUCAUGAAUUAUCGAAACAGCUUUCUCAAAAAGAUACAAAAACACCGAUCAGAAAAUCCGCAAAAAAUCUAGACAUUGUUGUAGAAUUAUUUGAGAUUUUUUUAAUAAAAAAGCCGAAUAUUCGUUCUCAUAAUUCCAACUCGACAAAUUCACGUAAAUUUCAUAUGAAUAGAAAAGCAUUCUUUGAUUGAGCAUGAGACAAACUGAAUGAUGAGGUGCCAAAGCUGAGCAACGACUCGAUAUAAAAACACGCUGAGUUAUACAUGCAUUUUUAAAUGAUACAUUCCUAAAAUAUUUUGUAUCUUCGACCACAUUUACUUUUUAAUCAUCUAAUUAUGUGAAAUAGGUACUGCUACAGCCAUUUCCGUUACAAAAUACAUCGGAUACAAUCAUCCAAUCAUGCUGUUAUAAAGUACAUGAUGGUACUAAUGUCACUUGUGAAAAGAGCAAUUGAAAUUUUUGCAAAAACAUCCAUUGUUCGACUUUUUGAUUCAUAAGUUUCAAGCAUUUAAGACCAUGUUUGUCAAAGCAUAUUAACCUAUUUGUAACUGUUUAUCAUAUAACUUGUAAACUAGUAUAUUUCUACAACUUACAUGUAAAACCAAAUUGGAAAACGUGACAUUAGUAGUGUUAAUCUUGUACAAAUACACUUGACAUUUUAAAAAAAAUUAACAUAAAGUACAUGUAUAUAUAGUAUUAAUUAGUGCUCUUUAUGGCCAUACGCAAAUAUCAUCUUUAAAGACUGAAGGUGGUAUGUCAUCCAAAAUGUCUAUUAUCUAUGUCAAGUUGGAGACUCGUUUUAAUAGAUGUGUUAUGUAGCCUAUUGUGUAAUCGAGCUAUUUUUGAUCAUGGAGCCUGUUUAAACUUAGGACUAAGUUGUCGUCUUUUCUAAACAGGGUGAAAGGUUCCAAUUAAUGGUAAUAUGUUUGCGUUCUUCCAAAUCUCUAUAAUCAGCACGCUCACCAAAGAUCCCACGUUUUUUCAGUGAUUAUUAGCAGGUUGUCUUCGCUCAUGCGCUUUUUUCGUAAAUAUAUCUGUAACCAAUUAUGAUUGUUUCCUGGUCUAUAAGAUAAACUCUAUGACGUUUAAAGGUCUGCAACCUAAAAUAUUCUUUGAACUGUCAACUGAGAAAGUUUUUUAAUCUAAUUCAAGUUCAUUCCUUUUAUUGCAAACCUUCGUUUUUCAACACUGUUUAAAAGCUAGUCCAACUGAGUAGAUUAUUAUAACCUUCAUUUAUCUGUAAAACAGUCCUGAAGAUCGUUACCACUAUGUAUUUUAUGUUAAUUUUGUGCCAGAGAAAUACAGUCAAGUUCAUUGUGUAUAAAAAUAGAUUUGUAAGUAUUCAAUGUUUGGUAGUGUAUGGAGUUUAACAAUAAUUUUUCUAGUCAACUUUAUUUUCUAUUCGUAAUCUUCGGCAUUAUAACAUUUUUGUAAUUUAUUUCAAAAAAUAAAUCGGUCAUAUUAGUGUAUGAUUACUUAUUGUUUAAAUGUCACUUACAUCCGUAUCUCUGUGGAAUACACGUCAACGUAUAGGCUUCAGCGUGUAUUUCACAACAUCUAUAUACAGAUUGAAGAGUAGUCCAAAGUGGACAUAUAUUUCGAGGGUAUGAUUCAUAAUAAUUUAGAAAAACCCUGACUUGAAAUGAUCAAUAUAUUUAGACAGAUGUGUUCCAUGCUUAAAUGGACAUAGUCAAAUGGUAGGAAGUAUGUCUGAAAACAAAAAAGUUCUGAAUUCAGUUUUUCCUGAUAUCGAUGGUCUAGUCUCAAAACCCCGUAUCUAACAUUUGACUACUUUUUCAGAAAACGCGAAAAGCAUUUUUUUUUAAAUAGGCUCAUCCCGCGAACUAUAAAAAAUAACACGUAUCAAAAAUUAGAUUGUUGUUUACAUGUUUACUUUUAUCAUAAAUAAUGAAUCACAAAUUUUGAUUUCAAAAGACGAGAAUAUUCAUUAAUUACUGACCUGAUAGCGCUGACAAGCAAAAUAUUAUACAUAGACCAAAACGACUAGAGAAAGAAAAAUCUUGAACCUUAGAAAAUGAACAGAGCAUUGAUACUACCUGGUAUGGCAUUAGCUGUAACUGAUACCUGUUAUUACAGAUAGUUGGGUAAGAAAGCGUUCUACGAGCGUAAAUUACUGCUGAUCGUUUAACUUCAUAGCUUAGUGCUAUGCAACCACAGAUACCAAAAACUCAAUUUUUUAGAUUUUGAUGACAUGCUGUAUUGCCACUAGGCCAUCGAUUUAUCUAGACAAAUCUGUAAUAUCACAUAUCAAUUUCGAACCGAUUUUGUUAAAAUUUUGCAAGAUAGCAACAUUACCUAGGAGUAACGUAAAACUAGGCACUAGAAAAGUCCAGAGUCGGACUCGAUCUUUUAAUUUUUUUACUUUUUAUCAAAAUCAACACCUGAAUAUUCAAAUUAAAUAUGUAUAAAAAUGCCAACAAAUGGUGCCAAUUAAUUGGCAAAAUAAAUUGAUUGUGCCUCUUUUGGUUAAAUUUUUUAUUUAUUCAAAUAUCUGAUUUUUAGCAAUGUACGUGGAACAAAACUCAAAAUUUCAAGUAUUAUCAGCUUGGUUUCAUUCACAUUUUACAAAAUAUUGUUUAAAAUUGAAGUAAAGAUGUUUUGGGAACUGUGGGACGGAUUCAGUAUUUUUGUUUCCUUGUAUUGUGUUAGGUGCCCUGCAAAUUAUACUCUGCUUUUAUUAUUAUUUGCAGAAAAAAAAGCAGCACGUGAUAUUCGUAUAAGAGAAAAUUAGUGUUAUACCUACACCCUAUUUAUGUUCCCAAAUAUUUUUUUAGUGAUUUAAUUUUAAUUAAUGAUACUGAAGAUCGCGAGUUCUUGUUAAAAAGGGAACGGCACUUGAAUGCAGUUCGACUAAAUUUGACCUUCCAGAAAAACUUGAGUUUAAGUUAAACAAUCACAAAAACGUAGUAUGCAGAUCCGGACUUGAAAUUUAAUUGUGUGAUGUACAUGCAUUAUGCAAUAAAAUCUCACCUAGGGUUGUGGUGAGGACAGGUAAAUACAACUAUGUUGAUAAUAGUUCGGACCUGUACCGGUUUUUCUGCGUUUUCAUGAUAAUCUUGAAUUGGUCCCGAGAGAUAAAAUUAAAGCAUUUGCAUAUUAAAUCCUAUUUCCCUUUAAAUCAUGACUCAUGUUGUAUGACAUCAGGUGAUGGGAUAAAAUAAUUUAAAAGAUUAAUGAAAAAAAAAACAACAGGUUGCACAACAUUCAUUUUCCCUAUUAUUUGUAUCACAUAUUUAUUGCGAAAUGUAAACUUACAGCACAUUGCACUUCAUAUAAUACUUGAUUAAACAUUUUAUAAAAUCCUUACUUGACCUUGAUCUGACCCUGGGAUUUUGAGGUCCCAAAACAUCUUUAGUUCAAUUUCAUUAUUUUAUAUAAUGUUGAUGAAACCAAGUAACCCUUGAAAUGAAUGUGUCACAACUGCUAAAAAUAAGAUAUUUGAAUAAAUAAAUAGUUUUAAUAAAAAAAACUAAAAAGGCAAUCAAUCUAUUUUGCUAAUUAAUUAAAACCAUUUAUUGGCUUAUUUUUGAAUACUCAAACAUUUCCACAUACAGCCAAAAAGGUGUUGAUUUUGAUGGGAAGAAAUUGUAAAAAAUGCGACAGGGCCUUGACUUUUUAACCGUCCGUCUAGUUUUGCGUUACUCUAAGGUAACUUUGUCAUUGUGCUAAAUAGCAAAAUCGGUCCAAUAGUCCCGGAAAUAUGCGAUAUUAAAGAUUUGGCGUAUUUAGAUAAACCAGCUGUAAAGUCUUAGAACUUUUUGUUUUCAUAUAUGAAAAAGGUCCAUACUACCUACCUCUUCACCAUGUCCAUUUAAGUAUGGUUUUUAGCGUUGUCGCGCAAAAAGGUGAAAAGAAUAAGAUAUGUUUUACGACCUUCAAUGUCAUAAAAAUUAGUAAAUGUCCUGGUUCUGGAAAUGGCUGUGCCAUAUCAAAGCUGAUUCGAUUGCAGCGAGUAAUCUUUAUGUAAGAUAAAAUCCAAUCUAUAAACCCCUCGUCCGCUGUAUAGUAUCGAUAAAAAACAACAUACCAUAACUCUGAACUGGAGCAAAACUCACAAACAAUAAAUGUCGAAUCUGUAUUCAUUCUUUUGCAGCUAAAGUUAUCUAACCUUCGCGAAACAGUUUUGCCUAAAAUAUUUUUUGUUUGAAUGGUUGGAAUUUAGUGGAUAUAUAUUUGUUAUAUGAGCAGGGAAAAGCAUUGCAUUGCCAUUCAUUAGAAUUGUCGUUUAAACAUAAUGAUUUUCGCCGUUUCCAUCACUGCAUCUCUCAAACCCUUAAUGUAAUGCUUUUUUCAUUAUCAUUGACUAAGCUUACUAAUAUCCUUGAAUUUUAAUCCAUAGCACCUGAUACAAUAAUAUAUACACUGUUAAUGUUUAUCAUUCUACAGGAAAGUUGGAGAGAAACAAAUUGGUAUGUCUAAACAAGUUUUGGUUUGGUCAUCAAUUACAGCCCCCUUAUUAUAACGCUAGGCAGAAUGACGUUUCUAUGUUUGUUUUUCUAUCAGAUAGUGGGAUUUUAAAAUAGCUCCCACAACACGUUUAUGAACGAUCUAGAAUCAAACAUUAAAACUAAUAUUGUAUUAAUUUAUCAUCAUUAUUGAAUAAGGAACCUUAAUACUUUGCACUUCGAACGUGAUUUUCGGAGAAGUUUUUAUAGCAAAUGUUUUACCUGUGUGCGGAAUGGACUUUUCAAAGGACGUUUAAGUUUAUCUGACAAACCUGAAGAUUUUCGUAAAUUCCGGAUAUUUAUACCUCAUGUUUCAUGAAGAUUGUUGACAUUAUGGUUCAUAUAUGUUACCCAUUCCGUUUCAAAUCAUAGUUUUAGAGCUUAUACAUUGGUGAAAAUAGAUACGUUAAUCUGUCUAACACUACAUAAUAAGUGCAUACUAAAUAUGAAUCUGCUUUAAAUCGAACCCAAAUUUUCGGCUUUCGGUUCUUCUGGUUAUAACCUUCCUCUUUAAAAGUUCCACGUGAGAAACAAUAUAUUUAAAAAUGGAACCACUUGUCAAGCAAAAUCAUAUUUGGAAGAUUGUCAUCUAGUAUCACUCCCAAGAUAAAUAAUAGCAUCACUAUCCAGAAAGGAUAUGAAUCGAUUAGAUUAAUUUCAUUAAUAAUCCUUAAUUUGAGAUAUUUUCAAAAACAUUAUUUUGUUGUUCUGAAUGACAGGAGCAUAGGUUGUGCAUAUCAAAAUUUGGAUAAGUUUGAAUAAUUCUAUAUCGCGUAUAUGCACAAGCAUUGACCUGUAUAAUGUAUAAAAUGGAUAUAGGAGGAUACCAUUAUAGAUGAAACACUAGAGAGAGCGGUGUAUGUUUCCAAAUAUCAGUAAAUGUAAAAUUCAUAAGCUGGAUUUUAUUGUUACUCUCAUUGUAUGUUUGUUUCUCUGUGAUGUGAAUACGAUAAAUAAAUUUUAC